UUCUCUUCAGCGAUUGGUCACUUGCGAACCACGUGGCUAACUGACGCGCGACAUCUCCUCAGCCCGUAGCGUCGGUCGCUAGAGGUCGGGAGCCGGACAUCUUGUCGGAGACCAAAUACUAUAGCGGCCAAGGCGAAUGAGGACAAUUUCAGACAUUGGAAUAAAUCUGACCGAUCCUAUGUUCAGAGGAAUAUACAGAGGCACGAGGAAACAUCAAGACGACUUUGUGGAUAUUAUUGAACGCGCGGUGAAGAUCGGUGUGGAGAAGUUUAUGAUCACAGGAGGAAACCUUCAUGAGAGCAAAGAGGCGAUAGAGAUAACCCGGAGCAAUGAUCGUUUCUUCAGCACCGUCGGCUGCCAUCCCACCAGAUGUGGAGAGUUUGAGGCUGGGGACCCUGAACAGUACUUAUCUGACCUACAGAAGCUGAUAGAGGACAAUAAAGGAAGGGUUGUAGCCAUCGGAGAGUGCGGCCUGGACUUCGAUAGACUAGAGUUUUGCCCAAAGGAAACACAACUUAAGUAUUUCGAGAAGCAGUUUGCACUGGCUGAGAAGUGUAAGCUCCCCAUGUUCCUGCACUGUAGGAACGCACACAAGGAGUUUUUAGAUAUAAUGCAGAGAAAUCGGGAGCGCUGUGUGGGAGGAGUGGUUCAUUCAUUUGAUGGCACAAAAGAAGACGCGGAGGCCAUAAUCGGCUUAGAUCUCUAUAUCGGCAUUAAUGGCUGUUCCUUAAAAACAGAGUCCAACCUGGAGGUGCUGAAGUCCAUACCCAGCGAGAGGCUGAUGAUAGAGACAGAUGCCCCAUGGUGCGGGGUGAAAAAUACUCAUGCCGGCUCCAAGUACGUGAAAACCACAUUCCCUACUAAAAAGAAGUGGGAGUCAGGACACUGUCUGAAAGACAGGAACGAGCCCUGCCACAUUGUGCAAGUACUGGAGAUUAUGGCGGCUAUUAGAGAAGAGGAACCUGAGGAGCUGGCAAAAACGCUCUACAACAACACAACCAAAGUGUUUUUCCCUGAUGCGUAGAGACACUUAUGGAUAUAAUGUAAUAUAGGAAAUUAUGCUAAUAAAUAAGACAAUGAUACAGAAGACUCCUGUGAAAUAAUCU